ACCUUCAACAAUACAACUUUUUGUUAACCUCAAAAAAAAAAAAAAAAAAAUACAACUUUUUGUUGCUGACUCAUAAAGUAUACAACGACAGAACAACUUGGUACUUUCACGUGUGAGUUGGUUGUGUUCAGUAAGUUAGAUCAAUCUAAUCUCAUCAUCUCUAUCUCUAGAUUCUCUACAACACAGAUCUCAUCUCAAUCAUGAACGUGUUCAGUAAAUUAGAUCCAGACAUCGUAACAUUCCAUAUCCUUCCACACCUUGACGGCAAAACCCUAAUAAUCUUAUCAUCUGUUUCUUCUCAAUUCUACAACUUGAUCUGGAAAAACAAAAACUCAGAUCUAUGGCGUAACAUUUGCAUCUCCACAUGGCCUUCCUUACUCACCAAUUUUCCUGAUCCCAUCUUCCAUUCCAGGAUCAUCUCUGUCUGGCCUGAUUACCGUUCCUUCUUCUUGGAUGCUUUUCCUUCCAUUCACCCACCUCUGAUCAACAAUCCUCCUCCUCCUCUUCCUCCGGUGGCAUGUAUUUUUUACACGGUUGAUAUAUUUUUAAAUGGAGGUGAAGGAGAACAACAACCUUUGUAUUCACUUUAUACUCUUGAUGCCAUAGAAACACAUGAAUAUAUACCUCAUCCAUUGAUCGGUCCUUAUCUUUUUAAAUGUUAUUUGAAUCAUGAUAGGGGAAUGAUGAAGUUCUUUAAGGUAAAGAAAGAAGGAUGUGAGGAAUAUCUGAAACAUAAUCUGACGUUUAGUUGUAUAGCUAUUGACCCGAAGGUAACAAAGCGUGCUGGGAGCUUGUUCACUGGCUAUAAAGCUGUUUCGGUGGAACCGGUGGCCCUAGGGGUUAUGGUUGUGUUCGAGUCAGUGCUGCAUGCACCGUCGGGGCUGUCUAAUUUUUAUACGGAGAUGAUCAAGUGUCGGGUUGAGGUGACGUGCUCUUGGGAAGGUGGUAGAGAAGAUAAGUGCUAUGUGAGGAUAAUUUACUUUACAAUGAAGGACAUGAAUGAAAUACCUCUGGUGAACAGACAUGGUGCUGCCGUAAUCCUCAAUGCUAUUCAAAAUGGGGAGAGGAGAGGAAGAACCACUUGAACUCAACUUGUUUGAACCGGUCAUGACGGUACUAGUAAUUUAUAUUAGUAAUUUUUAGGUUAUUUAAAUAUGUUUGAAUUAAGUUAUUUUUAAGCUUAUAAAAAAUUGCUUAGGCACAUAAAUAAAUUUUAUAUUAAUUCAUAAGUUAUCACUAAGCGAAAAUUAUAUUUUCAUAAAUUGUCUUAUUACAAACUACUUUAACAAAUUUAAGAAUAAUAUUUAAAAAUUUAUAAAUUACGUAAGCUAUUUUUUAUAAACUAAAUAAUAAGUCAAUCCAAACUUGAAAAAAUAGGGUUGUUGCAUUGUUGGGUUUUGGGAUUGUCUUUAAUUUAUUGUUGUUUGUGAUUUUUAUUUUUCUUCUCUUAGGACCUAUUUAUAUAUUUAACUCCAUUCGUGCUCCCAUUGUCACCUCUUUUUAACUAUUAUAUAUAUUGAUUGAAUACCGAUAGUUU